AUGACAGAAAUGUGUGCUGCUGUGCGGUUAUCGGUGCUCGGCCUCCUGCUGUGCCUGCAGCUCGGAAGGGCUUCAGCCCGCAGCCCCCGCACGGCGGACCAGGUGUCUGAGGCCGACAUCCAGCGGCUCCUACACGGCGUCAUGGAACAGCUGGGCAUCGCUCGGCCUAGGGUGGAGUACCCCGCACACCAGGCCACAAACAUUGUCGGGCCUCAGAGCAUACAGGGUGGUGCUCACGAGGGGCUGCAGCACUUAGGCCCUUAUGGAAACAUCCCAAACAUAGUGGCUGAGCUGACAGGUGAUAAUGUUCCCAAAGACUUCAGCGAUGACCAUGGAUACCCAGACCCUCCUAACCCCUGUCCUCAAGGAAAAACAGCAGCAGACGGGUGUUUGGAAAACGCUCCGGACACAGCCGAGUUCAGCAGAGAGUUCCAAAAACACCAGCACCUGUUCGACCCGGAGCAUGAUUACCCUGCACUGGCAAAAUGGAACAAGGAGCUUUUGUACCAAAAACUGAAGGGUGGACCGAAAAGGAGAAAAAGGAGCGUCAACCCAUACUUAAUGGGCCAGAGGCUGGACAACGUUGUCGCCAAGAAAUCUGUUCCCCACUUCUCGGAGGAAGAGGCGCCGACCGUCUCCGCUGCCACCAAAUCCACAACCUAAACUCCUGCACCUCAAACUGCUCUCUGUAAUA